AUGAUCAUUGCUGAGUCCCCUCAAUUCUCAAACCAUCCAAAAACCUCAGAGGCAGCGAAUCCGAUACCGCAAAGAAUGUCAGGCAUGGAGUCACUGAUUCUUCAGCUCCACGAAAUCGGCGCCGUGAAGUUCGGCAAUUUCAAGCUCAAAUCCGGAAUCUACUCUCCGGUUUACAUCGACCUCCGCCUCAUCGUCUCUUAUCCUUCCCUCCUCACGCAGAUCUCCCAGACUCUCAUCUCUUCUCUUCCUCCUUCCGCCACCUUCGACGUCGUCUGCGGCGUCCCUUACACUGCUCUCCCCAUCGCCACCGUCGUCUCUGUCUCCAACGGCAUCCCGAUGCUCAUGCGCCGUAAGGAGAUCAAAGACUACGGCACAUCCAAAGCCAUCGAAGGAGUCUUCGAGAAGGACCAAACUUGCCUCAUCAUCGAAGAUCUCGUGACAAGCGGCGCCUCUGUUCUCGAGACGGCGGCGCCUCUUCGUUCGGUUGGUCUCAAGGUUAGCGACGCGGUGGUUCUCAUCGACAGGCAGCAAGGCGGCCGGGAGAAUCUGGCGGAAAACGGGAUUAAGCUCCACUCGAUGAUUAUGUUGACGGACAUGGUUAGGGUUUUGAAGGAGAAGGGGAAAAUUGAAGAGGGUGUGGAAGCGAAUUUGCUCAAGUUCCUGGAGGAGAACCGUAGGGUUAGUGUCCCGAGUGUGGAGAAACCGAAGCCUAAACCUUUAGGGUUCAAGGAGAGGUCAGAGAUCUCCAGGAAUCCGAUGGGGAAGAAGCUGUUUGAGGUUAUGAUGAAGAAAGAAACCAAUCUCUGCUUAGCCGCCGAUGUUGGAACUGCCGCCGAAUUGCUCGACAUCGCCGAUAAGGUGGGACCAGAGAUUUGUCUCUUGAAGACGCAUGUUGAUAUUCUGCCUGAUUUCACCUCUGACUUUGGCUCUACACUCCGAGCGAUCGCAGACAAGCACAAUUUUCUCAUAUUUGAGGAUCGCAAGUUUGCAGACAUUGGUAACACCGUCACAAUGCAGUAUGAAGGAGGCGUCUUUAAAAUAUUGGAGUGGGCUGAUAUUAUAAACGCUCAUAUCAUAUCGGGGCCAGGAAUCGUGGAUGGCCUCAAGUUGAAGGGUUUGCCUCGAGGUAAGGGUCUGCUUUUGCUAGCUGAAAUGAGCUCUGCGGGCAACCUUGCUACCGGAGAGUACACUGCGGCGGCUGUGAAAAUCGCAGAGGCUCAUUCCGAUUUCGUGAUGGGAUUCAUCUCGGUGAAUCCGGCGUCUUGGAAGUGCGGGCCUGUGUAUCCGUCUAUGAUUCAUGCAACCCCUGGUGUUCAAAUGGUGAAAGGUGGUGAUGCACUUGGUCAACAGUACAACACUCCACACUCUGUGAUUACUGAGAGGGGAAGUGAUAUUAUAAUCGUGGGACGGGGAAUCAUCAAGGCGGAGAAUCCAGCAGCGACUGCUCACGAGUAUCGAGUUGAAGGCUGGAAAGCGUACUUGGAGAAAUGCUCUCAAGACACACGUGGAGCUGUCUUAAUGGUUAAAGAGACACACGUGAAACUUCCGCUUGAUUGUUUUGCUGAGAUGGAUGAGAGAGAACCAAGGGAUAUUACGCCGAUGGAUGUUCCCGGAGAAGCCGAUCACAAACUCUGCGGUUUUCUCUGUACUGUUCUUUCCGUCGAUUCGCCUGGUCUUCCGCAGGAACUUUCAUUGGGUUCCUCUUGUUUCAUCUUCAAUGAUGGUUCCGUCACCGGUUUCAAAUCCGAAAAUGGAUUGGUCUUAUCCCUCCUCAAUCAUAGCUCUAAUCCCAAUUCCCUAAUUGCCGAAAUCGGCGCCGUCGAAGGAGAUCAUGAUGCUGAGAAUUGUGGAACACUGGAUGACUGUGGAUUGGAGAGUACACCGAAACGACGCAGGCGCGUUGAGGGAGAGAGCAAACGAAAAUCUCCGAACUGUGACUGGGCACUGAGAAGCUCAAUCCUUAGGGGGGAAAGUAUUUGGGAAGAGGCCAAUGGAAGAAUAAAGGCCAUCUGGGAUCUAUCUGACUGCCAUGUGUUGGGUUGCAAAUUACACUGCAGUGCCCCAGAUUCUCCAGAUAGAAGAUUAUUUAAACUACAUGAAAUCUUCAAGAACUUGCCCAGUCCAGGAAACAGUGGCGUGUUUGAUUCUUCUAGAGUAUCACCAUCCACUGACUCUUGUGCAUCUGGCAUUUGGGAUCUAUCAGAUGACGUAUUGAUUACCAUACUGAUGAAACUCAACCCGAAGGAUCUUGUUAGCAUUGCAGGAGUGUGCCGUCUCUUAAGAUCAUUGGCCUUUCUGAUUGUGCCAUGUAUGAAUCUUAAGCUUUUUCCUCAUCAGCAGGCAGCGGUUGGCUGGAUGUUGGAGCGUGAGAGGAAGGCCAAAGUUUUCUCACAUCCUUUAUACCUGAACUUUGAUACUGAGGAUGGCUUUGGUUUCUCUAUGAAUGUUGUGUCUGGUAAUAUAAUCACUGAGGCAGCUCCCAUGGUCAAGGAUUUUCGUGGGGGAAUGAUUUGCGAUGAGCCAGGUCUAGGUAAGACAAUAACAGCACUGUCCCUUAUUCUAAAGACGCAGGGAACAAUGGCUGAUCCGCCUGAGGGACUUCCUGUCAUUUGGUGUACACAUAAAAGUGACAAAAAAUGCGGUUAUUAUGAGUACACGAGUGACCACUUCACUUCUAGCAGCGUGUUUACUGCAAAGAGGUUUCUAAGUCCAAGUAGUUGUCGAAGACAGGUGUCUCUUGACGCCUUUAGUCCGCUGCUGGAAUCAAAAUCUUUGCCACCUAAGCAAGCGGAUCCAGAUGGUCAAACUUUUGAGUUUAAGAACUCAAACUUUGAAAACGAAUUUGAAACUCCCAUCCCUGCUUCCACUGAUUUAGAAGCUCGGCGUAGAAAGAGCUUUGGUAAUGCCAGAAGAAAUCUCUUGGAUGCAUAUAAUGGCGCAUCUGAGAACUCUGAAGCUAAAAGAAAUAGGAGUUGGAAGAAAUGUGGCAUGAUAACCGGUUGUAAGAGAAAGGGUCCUACUGAUUCGGGUGAGGAAAGCGAUAUCUGGAUACAGUGUGAUUCUUGCUCAAAGUGGCGGAGAAUAGUAGAUGAAGGUGUCUCUGUUACUGGUUCUGCAUGGUUUUGUAGCAACAAUAGUGACCCUGCAUAUCAGAGUUGUAAGGAUCCUGAAGAAUCAUGGGAUAGAUCUCAACCGAUAAAUCACUUGCAAGGGUUUUAUACUAAGGGAGCUUUUGGUGAAGAAAAUGAUAAUAUCUCUUUCUUCACCAGUGUCCUUAGGAAACACAAGUCUGCAGUAAAUUUGACCGCAAAGAAAGCCUUAAUUUGGCUUGCAAAACUCCCUCUUGAGAAGCUCUCACUGAUGGAAACAGUUGGCUUACAAGGUCCACCGUUAAAUGUCCGUGGGUUUCAGAUAAUAUUUCGAGCACUUGGUCUAACGAGUAGAGUUGAAAAGGGUGUCACUAGGUGGUAUUAUCCAAAGUUUCUUGAGAACUUGGUAUUUGAUUCACCUGCCCUCAAGGUUGCUCUCUGCCAGCCGUUGGAUGCGUUUAGAUUGUAUUUGUCGAAAGCAACUCUAAUUGUCGUGCCAGCGAAUCUAGUUGAUCACUGGAAAACACAAAUCCAAAAACAUGUCAGCCCUGAUCAGCUACGUAUCCUUGUCUGGACUGACCAGAAGAAGCUUUCUCCGCACAGCCUGGCUUGGGACUAUGAUGUUGUGAUCACUACUUUUAGUCGCUUAAGUGCAGAAUGGAAUCCUCGGAAGAAAAGCCCAAUGAUCCAAGUGCAUUGGCUGAGGGUCAUGCUAGAUGAAGGACACACUCUUGGUUCUAGUGUCAGUUUGACAAAUAAAUUUCAGAUGGCUGUUUCGCUGACAGCUUGUAGCCGUUGGUUACUGACAGGAACACCAACCCCUAACACGCCAAAUAGCCAGCUUUCGCAUCUCCAAUCUCUUUUGAAGUUUCUUCACGAGGAAGUAUAUGGAGAAAAUGUCAAGUUUUGGGAAGCUGGCAUCCUUAAACCAUUUGAAGCAGAAAUGGAGGAGGGUCGUUCGCGUUUACUUCAGCUGCUUCAGAGAUGCAUGAUAUGCUCUAGAAAGAAAGAUCUGCGGAUGAUUCCUCCGUGUAUCAAGAAGUUGACAUACCUUAAUUUCGUUCCAGGGCAUGCAAGAAGCUACAAUGAACUUGUGGAGACAGUGAGGCGUAAUAUCUUAUUAGCUGAUUGGAAUGACCCGUCUCAUGUGGAAAGUCUGCUCAACUCUAAACAGUGGAAAUCUCGAAGCACUACCAUUAAUAAUGUCAGGCUGUCUUGCUGUGUGGCUGGGCAUAUUAAAAUGACUGACGCUGGUCAUGAUAUUAAAGAGACAAUGGAUGCUUUAGUUGAAAGUGGUCUGGACUUUUCGACCGAGGAGUAUUCUUCUAUUCAAGAUAGCCUUAUUGGUGGCUGUAACUGUAUAAGAUGCGGGGAAUGGUGCCGACUUCCUGUAGUCACUCCAUGUAGACACUUACUGUGCCUUGAUUGCGUUGCUCUUGAUAGCGAAAGGUGUACUUUUCCUGGCUGUGGAUACUUAUAUGAGAUGCAAACUCCUGAAAUGUUGGCUCGACCAGAAAAUCCAAACCCGAAAUGGCCUGUGCCAAAGGAUCUUAUUGAGUUACAGCCUUCGUAUAAUCAGGAUGACUGGAAUCCUGAUUGGCAAUCUACGUCUAGCAGUAAAGUCAGUUAUCUCGUGGACAAGCUGACGAAGUUACAAGAUGGUAACAGAAAAAGCAUUUUGUCUUUCAACAAUAGUAACUUUGACAACGUGAAAGAAAAUCCCGCCUUUUGGAGGCAAGGAUUCCAUGAACAGGGUUUUGGAUCUCAGAUGGUACUUGUUGAUAAAGUUUUGAUUUUCUCUCAAUUCCUUGAGCAUAUUCACGUGAUUGAACAGCAGUUGACAAUUGCUGGCAUCAAGUUUGCUGGAAUGUACAGUCCAAUGCAUUCGGCUAAGAAGAUGAAAUCUCUGGCCAUGUUCAAGGACGACGCUAAUUGCAUGGCACUUUUGAUGGAUGGAAGUGCUGCGCUAGGUCUUGAUUUGAGCUUUGUAACACAUGUGUUCCUGAUGGAACCAAUCUGGGAUAAAAGCAUGGAAGAGCAAGUUAUCAGUCGUGCUCAUCGGAUGGGCGCAAAGCGCCCUGUUUAUGUAGAAACCUUAACCAUGCGUGGCACAAUUGAAGAGCAAAUGAUGAGAUUCCUGGAGGAUGCUGAAAAGAGAGAGAGAUUAUCGAGUGGAGAUUACAUGAAAGUGGAGCAGGAGACGACACGAAGCAGCAGGCGCACGCUACACGAUUUGGCAGAAAGCAAUUACUUGUCUCAUCUUAGCUUUGUCCGAUCAGAUGGCAACACAUAGUUUUGUCUGUUUAUUAUUUAUAGCUAGCUUCAAAAUAGGACUUUGUAGCUUUGCUGCUUGGUGGUCUUAAAAAUAUCACCAUUUUGCUUGUAUAUGUAUCAGUAACAAGUAGAUUUGAAACAACACUCAGAAAAAGUAUAAAGUUUUUUUUUUUUAAAUAACCACAGCAAUUAAUUGUUUACACAUUUGAGUUUGUACUAUAAAUUAAGAUAAACAUAACCCUGAUAUGGAACCAUUUCAAAAGGUUUUGAU